AUGUGUCUCAUAGCGGUGCGUUUACUACAUUAUGCUAUAGAAAAGCUUCCCUUCCUCACACAGGACCAUGCAACAGUGUCAUCCGUCCCGGCCAUCAGUUUCUUCGUUUCUUUGCUAGCAAAGUCUACCUCAUCAGGCGCAUGGGAUUUCGACGCGUCUUUAAGCGUACUACACAGAACGAAGCGAACGGCUUGGUACUCGCAGGUUGAGGCGAAUAUUGGGGACUCCCAGACAUAUUCGUUCUAUUCUUUGGACGACAACAACUUCGGGAAACUCAAAAAUCCCACCAUGCUUCCAAUUUCGCAGCACCACUAUGUCCCUGCACGUACUAUACGCGAGAUACAUCGAUCGCGCUCCUUCGGGAAAGGACCAAGGAAAGACGACCAGGCUAAAACCGAGUAUGCGCUUGCUUUUGAACAGGACAACAUAAAAUUAUCUUCAGCAUCUCUUGCCACUCUUAAUGCGAAGUUACUGAAUGUGCAGAAGUUUUUCUUUGGUGACCGGCCCAUGACUCUUAAUGUUUACAUAGCUUCGCAUGUUCUCCUGUUGCUUAAUCCGCCUUUCCCGGACCAACUCACGCGAAGCAUUCUCAUGCCAAUACGACCCCUGCGCAACCCUCCCAAAACGAUGAAGAGCCGAAUGGAUGAAGCUGACCUUCGAUUUCGACGAUGGAUAUGGUUUAAGUUUGCGCUUGCUUUUGGUGGCGUGGCGUGCUGCGUCGCUCAACUCUGUAUCAAGGAACCGAUGGAUUGGCAGACACGGUCAGUGUUUAACUUAGAUUGUAUAUUCUCGACUUUGAUCAAUGUUCUAUAG